AUGGUCUCUCUAUCGUGGGGCUUCCUGUUGGCAUGUUCAAUCGCUUGUCAUGCCACCGCUCAUUCCAUUGACUCUAACUACCGAAUCGAUGUUCACUCUCACGCCAUCCCGGAAAUUUGGAAACAGGCAAUGAUAUCAGCAGGUUUUCCGAUCGAGAAUGGCACGUUGUACAAUGAUGGCGCUCCUGUUCCCGAUUGGUCACUAGACACACAUAUUACCUCCAUGGAUACCCUCGGCCUCGGAAAAUUAACUUACUCCUUUACGACUACACGAAAGCCCAUCCAACUCGAUUGGGAGCACUCUGUCUUCUUCCUCUUCCUCAUGUCAGCGAGGCGGUCAAAGAGCUUGAGGUAUAAUGUGUUUCUACCAAUCUGGCUUGGAGCACAUCCUGAUUUCUGCCUCUAUCUUGGAAACUUUGACCUGGAACCGAUUUUUAAAGCCUUGGAUAAACGCAGCGCCGGUGUUUUUGUUCAUCCAGCUUCUCCGGCAUGUACCUCUGUCGGUCUGGGUCAUCCCAUGCCUAUGAUUGAGUACCCUUUCGAUACAGUGCGUGCUAUAGAGAAUCUACUUCUUACUGGUCAGCGUGCGAGAUACCCGGAUCUCAAUAUUAUUUUCUCGCAUGGCGGCGGAGCGAUACCAUAUCUUGCUACUCGCAUUGCUGGCGUUGCAACACUUCCCUAUGAAGGUGGGAUAGAAUUUCCCGAAACUCUCGCCCAGCUCGCCGGAUACUAUUUUGAUCUCGCAAGCGCGACCUCUGCCAUCCAGCUUGCAGCCUUGAAGAGUUUCAUUGGUGCCAAAAAGCUCGUGACUGGAAUUGACUGCACAGCCGGGGCUAGUCGGUAUACAAAACAAUGGCAACUUUACAGAUAA